AUGGCGGCAUUGGAUGCGCCAGAGGGACGAGUCUACGAAGAGGUGAAGAGAGUUGCCAUGCGGCUGGAAAAGCUGCAAUUCGAUAGCAACACCCAGUUGCGUUUCCAGAAAAGGGGGUUUGAUCGACAAGGUAGCGACCCUCAAAAGACUCCCUCUUUUAAUACGACCAGUGAACAAGCAGGAACCCUAGCCAAGUCCAUACCCAAAUGCAACUUUUGUGGAAAAAGGGGACAUCUGGCAGCGGACUGCAGAAAAAGGGAGAAACCCUCGAACCACAAGUAUCGUGAGAACGGUCACAACCGCAACUAUAACGAUACGCGAAACAACGCAGCUGGAGGUAGCUCGCUUGUAACGGAGUUAGACAGGUGGUGUAAAACUGUCCAAAGAAAAGGGGAAGACCCAAAACUCCAGUCAGGCGCUGUAGGUAAACCAAGCACUUGUGAAGUGGAAAUUUUCGGUAUUACAGCAAAAGCGCUCGUAGACACAGGCUCUGUGAUUUCGAUUAUCCCUGUUGGGCUCCUCAAGAGAGUGCGCGAACAAGGCGCUGAUCUUGAUGCUAAGGCACACAUCGUAGGCGAUGGAAAACAACGUAGACUUUUCGAUGCGUCGGGGAAUGCGAUGAGCUUCCUUUCGGAAAUAAAAACAGAGGUAAUGGUCAUAGGAGCUAGCACGGCCUGCGUGCAUAUGCACGUGCAGCAAAGUAACGACGAUACGUUGUUAUUAGGUUCUGGGGAUUUCUCUGAAACUGACCCCCAAAUGGUACAACACGCAACGCGGAAUGGCUUUGCAAAUCACCCGUGUUCUCAUGCUGCGUACUCAGACAGGAGGGUAGUAGUCGGGCCAGGUAAAGUAGCCACAGUAAAAAUUUCUGGUGGAUUUAGCAAGGGAGCUUGCAUAUUUUGGUCCAAAAAUCCUCGUAUAGAGUCUGGUGUAUGCCAGGUAGAUGAAGGCAGAGCUGAACUGUCAGUCAUUAAUAAAGGUUCAGAACCCUGGGUAAUAGGCCGAGGGGAGGACCUAGGGAGGUGGUCAACGGAAACUUGGGUUGACCCCAGAAUAGCCGAUGUCCGAGCGAUAUGA